CGCCGCUCUCUCCCGACGCGGCUAGGCGCCCCCGUCGCGGCCGUUUCCCCGGCAACGCGCGGCCGUUCGGAGCAGCCGCAGCCAUGGAUGCUGGCUCCGGCGCCGAGCCCCACCGGGCUCGCGGCCGCCUCGGCGCGCCGUGCUCCGGGGCACGGGCUCCGGGGGCCCCCUGGGCGCGCUUCUCGGCCUGGCUGGAGUGCGUGUGCGUGGUCACCUUCGACCUGGAGCUGGGCCAGGCCCUGGAGCUGGUGUACCCCAGCGACUUCCGGCUCACGGACAAGGAGAAAAGCAGCAUCUGCUACCUGUCCUUCCCCGACUCGCACUCAGGCUGCCUGGGGGACACUCAGUUCAGCUUCCGCAUCCGCCAGUGUGGAGGGCAGAGGCGCCCCUGGCACACGGACGACAGGCACUGUGACAGCGGGGCCCCCGCGUCUCUGCAGAGGGAGCAUGCGCACUACUUUGGCUACGUGUACUUCAGACAGGUGAAGGACAGCUCGGCCCGGAGGGGCUACUUCCAGAAGUCUCUGGUGCUGGUGUCCCGCCUGCCCUUUGUCCGGCUGUUCCAGGCGCUGCUGAGCCUGGUCGCCCCUGAGUACUUCGACAAGCUGACGCCUUGCCUGGAAGCAGUGUGCAAUGAGAUUGACCAGUGGCCGGCCCCCGUGCCCGGGCAGACCCUGAACCUGCCUGUCAUGGGAGUCGUCCUCCAGGUGCAUAUCCCAUCCCGAGUGGACAAACCUGAGUCUGGUCCUCCAGCGCAGCGCAGCCAUGAGAACCUCCUUCCGGCCCCCGUGGUCCUCAGCAGUGUCCACGAGCUAGACCUGUUCAGGUGCUUCCAGCCCGUGCUGGCCCACGUGCAGAUGCUGUGGGAGCUCGUGCUUCUCGGGGAGCCCCUGGUGGUCCUGGCGCCCUCGCCCGCUGUGUCCUCAGAGAUGGUGCUGGCCUUGACCAGCUGCCUGCAGCCCCUCAAGUUCUGCUGCGACUACCGCCCCUACUUCACCGUCCACGACAGCGAGUUCAAGGAGUUCACGACGCGCACACAGGCCCCACCAAACGUGGUCCUGGGAGUCACAAACCCUUUCUUUAUCAAAACGCUCCAGCACUGGCCCCACAUCCUCCGUGUGGGGGAGCCCAGGAUGUCAGGGGACCUUCCCAAGCAGGUCAAGCUGAAAAAGCCUUCGAGGCUGAAGACCCUGGACACCAAGCCAGGUCUGUGCCCCGCCUCUCCUCCCAGGACCGAGCAGGCCCAGGGGCGCUGGGGGGUGGGGGGGGCAGGCAGAUGUGCUGGCGCAGCCAAAGGGGGCGCCCCCCCACCCCCCAGAGCCUGCCGUGCCACUCUGCCCUCCCCAGGCCUCUACACGGCGUACACAGCCCACCUCCACCGAGACAAGGCUCUGCUCAGACGCCUGCUUAAGGGCCUGCAGAAGAAGCGGCCGUCCGACGUGCAGACCGCGCUGCUGAGGCGGCACCUGCUGGAGCUCACACAGAGUUUCAUCUUCCCUCUGGAGCACUACAUGGCCAGCCUCAUGCCCCUGCAGAAGAGCAUCACGCCCUGGAAGGCCCCCAGGCUCACCUGGCCGCUGUCUCAGACCCCUCCCCAGAUCCGCCCCUUCCGCCAGGAUGACUUCCUGCGCAGCCUGGAGCACGCAGGGCCCCAGCUCACCUGCGUCCUCAAGGGGGACUGGCUGGGCCUCUACAGGUGGGUGGACAGCAGGCGGUUUUUCAAGUCCCCUCAUUUCGAUGGCUGGUACCGACAGCGACGCAAAGAGAUGGCCCAGAAGCUGGAGGCCCUGCACCUCGAGGCCAUCUGUGAGGCGAACAUUGAGGUCUGGAUGAAGGGCAAGUCCGAAGUGGAGGUUGUGGACCUGGUCCUGAAACUUCGGGAGAGGCUGGUGCGGGCACAGGGCCACCAGCUCCCUGUGAAGGAGGCGACGCUGAAGCAGGCCCGGCUGUACAUCGAGACGGUCAUCAGCUCACUGCCCAAGGACCUGCAGGUCAUCCUGUGCCCUCCCUAGCCUGGGGCCGAUGGUCAAGGGGCCUAGCUGCCCCUGGCAGCCUGGGUCUGGCCGAGCUUCCUUCUCCCUGGUCAAGCACGAGGUCCCCAGCAAGGUGCCUGCUGCUCGUGGUCUUGGCCCCUACCCAGCACCACCACUGUCCCAGCAGUAAAGGCAGCAUCUAGAGCCGCAGCUGGCCCCUGACUGUUGGCACAUCGUGAGCUGGCCACAGCCCCACCUCCCCCUGGGCCCCACUUGCUUCUGCAGGGUCUUGGGCCAGGGGGGCGGGGCCAGCAUGGUCCCCCUAAUCUGAUCUGGGCCUCUGGCCACCAGCCCCCUCCAGGCACCCAUCUGCCUGAAACCUGCCAUCCCACAUGUGGUACCUGAUGUGUCCUUUGGGCUCACCCAGCUGCCCAGCCCAGGUCAGAAGGAGGUAGCUGCCAGGCAGCCCACCCAUCUGUCUGUCUGGCCUGGGGGCACCUCCCCAUUGUCAUUGGCCUGGGAGCAGGGAAGCCACUUUGCCCUGAGAACUCUGCCCUGUGGGCGGUUGGGAGGCUGCUGGGGCCCUGGUGGUGGCCAGGAGGGUCCCGGGCACUGUUUCCUUCCAGUCCUGGAACACCCCCUGGGCACAGCUCCCUUCCUCUGCCCAGGCUGCUUCUCGGCUGCGUGGCUCUACCCCACAUGCAGCCGGAGGGGUUUGAGCCUCCAGCCUGGCCAGGUGCCUCCGGCCGGAGCCCCCACAACCACAGCAGCCUGGGGACACCCCAUUCCUUGGCAAGGAGCGACAGGCCCUCUCAAGUGACACAUGCCACCAUGUGAUACCUUGGCGUACAGGGCCCAGUAGUGGCCAGCACUGUCACAGCUCAGCACCGAAUGGCCAGCACUGUCACAGCUCAGCACCGAGUGACAGCACUGUCAGCCAGCAGGAGGGGGAGUGGGGGUAGCAGGGGUGAGGCCUUCGGGUAAGUUCCACCUUACCCAACCCUGACGCCUCGUCAAGGGGCAGGGCCCUGAAGGUGCCUACAUGGGCAUCACGGCUGCUUGAGCUGGUCCUGGCAGGGCCUUCCCUUGUCUGCUGAAGCCCCACAGUCCAGGCCCUCCCAAGUGGCGUCGUGUGGUGACGCCACCAGGGGACAGCAGGCGCUGGUCUCAGAGCUGCCAGCAUUGACUUGUCUGGCCCUGACCACAGCCUCAGACAGCUGGCAUGGCCCCGUCCUGCAGAAAACUGAGCACAGUCUGGUGCACGGCUGCAGUCUGACAGCAGCGUAGAGGCAGCAGAGAGAGAGAACCAGCUGGAGGCGGGGAGUGCGGAAGGGCCUUGGGGCCCCAAGCACCACUGUGGACAGCCUGUCUGGUCUGGGGAGUGGCCCAAGGGCCAUGGCUGCCGGGCAUGGGGGUGGCUUGGGACAUCGUGACCCCACCCGAGAGCGGGGUGCCCCAGCCAUCACUUCAGCGCAGAGCACGGUCACCUCCCUUCCCAAGUAGCCAAGGGCUGCAUGGGGGACUUCAGCUGCCCUCCGUCCAGGAGGUCUCCGACUCCUGCGUGCCAUCUGGAGGGCUCUGGCUGCGUCUGCGCAGCACCUCAGCGCGGGUUGUCUUCAAGAGGGACACCUGGCAGGGUGGGCAGUGCUGCGAGGGGCUGGGGGGGGCAGAAUCUGAAGCCUUCCCUGGGUGCCUGGGCCGAGGAGGGCCCAGACAAGGUUUCCGGGCACAGUGCAGCCGGGGUGGGGGCUAGGUGUGGAGUCCUGCCAACUCCAUCUCCCCAGAGACUCCUGCCUUCCCUGCCAGGAUCAGGGCGGCUCUGGCUUGGCUGAGCCUCUGUCCCCCCACGGGGCUGGGGUCAGAGAGUGAGGAGGGCAGGGGGGGCAGGUGGGCAGAAGAGGCGGAGCCAUCUCCUACCAGAGCCCCUGGGCAGCAGGGCCUGGAGGGGCUGCAACUCCUGGUCUGAGGCCGGGGUGUGAGGGUAGUGGUGUGCGUGGGCCCGGGGUGGGGGUGGGGUGGAGGGCGCCAGUGGGCGGCUGCAGGGACAGGAAGGACAGUCCUCACCCCCCAGCUUCCUGCACUCUAUUUAAAGACUCUCUUUUAGGCUGGGAUGGUGGCCUUCCCACAUCUUUGGUAUUAAAAUGCCCUGUGACACAA